AUGUCUUCCAGAAAUAAUUUUGCAUCUUCUAAUACAAUAACAAUAUUAAAUAAUUCUAUAAAGCAAGAUGAGAACGAAACUAUCGAAGAACUAAGCUCAGAAGACAAAUCUAAUUUAAUAAAGGAAAUUAUCGAAUUACAAGAAGGACUGAAAGCAUUAGUUGAAAGAGUUGAAUCAGUUAAAAAUGAUCAUGAUCAAAAGCAAUCAGGAAAUCAAAUUUUACAAACUUAUAUAAAUAAUCUAAUGUCCUCUAACGUUUUAUCUUCUGCAAAUGUUAAUAAAAAAGAUGGUUAA